GGAUGAUGUCCAAUUGUUAACAGUUGAUCAUCGAAGUUAGUUUUGUUGGGAGGGGGUAAAUGAUGGUGUUAGCAAGCAGUGAUUUUUUAUAUUCAAGUGAAAGACAAAUCAAUAUUUUAAAAUUUCAUUAAGUGAAGGGUCAAACGAUAUCGAAAUUAAUUUAUUUUUUCCACAACUAAGUGUGAUGUCCAAGAUUCAUGAUGUAGAGGAGAGCCUGUGAGUUUGAAUGUACAUGCAGAGUGCAGACCCAAAUAAAGGAUUUCCUCAUUUGUAUGACGUCAUGAAGGGGAUUCCCCUAAUAAAGGCUCCAUCUUGGAUAUUGAACAAAUAAAUAUUUCAAACAAAAAUGUAUUUUCAAAGUAUUUUUUCAACUUAUGGUGAUUUAAGACGGCUAAUCUGGCGUGGUAGAAAUGUUCUAUAUAUCCCAAAGCAUAGACUGUAAUGGAAUUUAAUGAAGAUGAUAUUAGCAUCAUAGAUGACACUGUUGAUGUGGUUAAUGAUUGGCCAGCAAGGAUAAUAAGUGGAUCUCAACAAUUUCAUAUGAGAAGUGGCGAAGAAUCUGUCAGCCUUGCGUCACUCCAUGCACUCCAAACAGCUUAUACAGAUCUGAAGAAACGAUACCAUACUUUGGAAAAGAAACAAUUGCAGACACAACAAGUAGUGAAAAGUUUGCUACAAGAUUCAAGAAGUAUGGAAAUUGUGUCAAAUGGAUUCGAUGAUAUAGAUUCAGGAAGACCAUUACAAAAUGGUCAUCCUAUUCGAAUCCGAAGUUCAGGAUCUUUAGAUCAUACUAGAAAUGGGAUGGAUGAGAAUGAUGGUAAGCGACACAUUGGAGGUGACAAUGGGAUUAGAAAGCCAUAUAUAGAUGGAAAUCAAAGAGAGAAAAUGCAAUGGGAACAAAAUGAAAGGUUAACAUCUAAUGAACAGUAUAAAAAAUUAGAAGAGAAAAAUAAAUUAAUGGAAAUUGACAUGUUGAAAUUUAAUGAUAGGUACAAACAAUUGGAAGAGGAAAAUAAACAGUUGCUAAUUGAGAUUGACACUAUGAAAAACAAAUUAGAAUGCUCAGAAGCAAUGAAAAAGGAGGAAGUUAAGGUGUGGAAAGAACAAUAUCAAAAAUUAAAGCUGGAAUUUGAUACACUUUUACAGCAAUCAAAAACUGAAGGAAAACUUGAUUUUAACGAAGAUUCAAUGGGUAGCAGUUUCUCUGAGGAGCUGCAAAAAAUGCAGGAACAGCUAGUCAAGUGCCAACAAGAGGUCAGAAUGUUGAGAAGAUUAGUAGAGGAACAGAAGAAUGCGAUGCUAGAGGCUAUCAAAAGAGAAGAAGACUCACUAAGAGAGAAAAGGAGAAAAGGUUCCUCUGGUAGAGGUAGUUUAAGUAGUGGGCCUAAUAGCCCUGUGCCUGGAUACAUUGCCCCAGGCAUUAAUGCUUCAAUGCCUCCCACCCAAGGAGGUAUGGUACCAGGUGGCACAAGACAAAGGAACUCCCAGACUACAAUUAUAAAUCAAGAACCCCAAACAUAUCUAGGUGUCCAGGAAAGUGCUGCAACUAUACCCGAUAGGAUAGCUCCAGAGGAUGUUGCUAGAGUUGUGAAAUGGCCUGGUCAGGGUCCACAGACUCUUGUAUCAAACAAGGACACUGCAAAAGACACACCUUUAAGACAGGAUAGUGAUGCUGAGAUGAAGAAAGCAUUAGAAGAAAGUCUUAAAGUAUACAAACAAGAGCAAGAGUUACGGAAGCAAAGACAGUCAUUAUCUAAUGAUCCUGGGAUGAUUACUAAAUCAGUUGUCCAGUUAGGAGACUCUUCAGUCCCUUUAGGAUCUAGCCCUAAGGUUUCAAUGGUGCCUGGUUCAGUGAGCUAUUCAACAAGAUCUAGGUUAUCUCCCCUUCCUACGGCCCCUUCACAGACUACACAAAUUAAUGAAUCCCAACCAAGUGUUGAGGAAGUGACAAAUGAUAUUGUAAUUAAGGGAGGGAAUAUGCAUGUAACCACCAAAAGAAGUGGGAGAGGUGCAGGGUUAAACAUUCAUAGGGAUACAAUUGCUAUUAACCCUAGCAUUUCAGAUAGUGUGUUUAUACAUGAUGGCUCUGGUGGAGCUCGGAGCAAGGUUCUGCGCUCUCGAGGUCAAUCUGAAGAUAUAAGACCAAUUCAUGCCCUUGAAAUGAUGAAACCAAGGCCUAUCAGUUCAUCAUAUGGGGAUAGAAUGGAAAUUGAAUGUAGAGGCUUGGGGGGUCCUCCCGAGGCUCCUACAAAUAGACCUAGAUCAAGGGAGCGUGACCAUACUGGCAGUGAGGAGCCAAUACCUCAAGGUAAUGCAGCCCUUGAGGUACAUAUAGAUGACAUAGCUACUGUUGGUGGACUAGAGAGAAGUGAAUCACUAGAGGUCCUGAAUGUAACUGAUGAGGAGCAAGGUAUUAGCCCUGAGAAUUGGCAUCCCACUGGACCAACUGAGAAUGAUGAGAGUGAGGGUUCUCCUGUUGACCCAAUACCAGCAUCACCAUUUGGACUGAAUAAUUUAUCUGCUUAUGUGGACACUAGACAUCCUUCCCAGCUCAAUCCCAAUAGCCCUGUUUCAAACAACAGUACUCGUGUGCCCUCAAAUCAAAGGGCAUUGAACAUUGAGCGUAAUGAGCCCAAUGGGGCUAGACCCAGGGGUUAUGAUAAUGCUGGAAAUAAUGUCAACCUUAAUAUGGGAGCCAAGGAUAAAAUCAGAGAAACAACAAGCCCCUCACGACCUAUACUGAAUAAUAAUCCUCUAGUAGAGAUGAAAAAUAUCUCAUCUCGGAAUAUAUUUAAAGAAAGUGACAGAGAUCGCCUCGGAGGAAAAGAUGCACGAUGUCCUAAUUGCAACAUGCAUUUUUCUUCUAUGAUGACAAAGGACGAUGUUCAGCAACAUAUGCUAGAGUGUAAUGGAGACUCUCCUGGAGAGGAGGAAAGAACUUGUCCCAUGUGUAAUGCUGUUUUCCCAUCAGCUGUACCACAAGGGGAGUUUGAGCAGCAUGUUAAUGAACAUUUCUCUGUGAAUGAAGAUUUUGUACACUUGGGAUGAAGUGAUAUGAAAUUACUUAUGCCUUUUAUGUUGAGCUUUAGCAUUUGGCGAGUGAAAGUGUAAUGAGCUUAUAGCCUAUUAAGUGCUACUGUUUGGAUUUGUAUGAGCCUUGGCAGUUAUCAUUUCAUUUCAAUAGAUUUUAACUCACUAUGAAAUACAAAUAUGGAACUAGCCUAUCAUCCGUCCAAAAUAACUAUAAAUGCCCUAUAAAGUUUAAACCACUUUGGCUUAUUAUAGUCUUAUCCAAAGUUGAUUUGAAGUGAAUCUAUUUCAAAUAAAAUUUUAGUUGUCAUGCAAAUACAUUAUUAAGCAAUUAUUUACACCAACACAGAACAUACAUCCUAAAUUAUUUUGUGUUGAAAAGAAAAUUGGGCAAAAAUAAGCGACAAAAAGUGCAGAAAAUUGGUUCAGAGAAAAAAAGCGUUUUUAAGUUUUAGUUCUCAUUGAAUCCAAUGGUACAUAAAUAGCCUAUUUAAAACAUAUAAAAAGUGGUUUUCAUCCUAGAUAGGCCAACACUAUUGCUUUAUUUUGGAAGUUUAGCAGUCUUAGAAAAUAUUUGUUUGAAAAAAUAUAAAGUCUAAAAUUACAACAUAAAGUAGUAUUUCUACCUC